CCCAAUACCCUACACCCUCCCACUUUGGGAGAAGGAAUGAACAGAAAAGAGGAAAAAAAUGCUCCCUCCUCCCUAGGUCAGGGAAAAGAUCUGGGGACCACCUAGCAGUCCACCACCCCUCCCACUUCUCUUUACUGGGGAAGUGCCCAGUUCAGUACCCCUUCCAUGUCCACCAACCCUCACCCCUCCCAAGCUGUGCUGGGACAUGAAUCAGCUCUCACAGCUUGUUAAAGCUGGAUCUCUUGUUUUCAUGCCCUCACCCCAGGAAACACCAAGUUACAGCUUUUCCAGCUCUCCUCAGCAGGGGGCCAGGGUCCUCACUUUAUAAACAUCCCCAUGCCUGCAAGAGCAGAGGGCAUAGCAUGGUGUGAGACAAGAGCCCAGGGGAGACAGACUAAGAGGGAAAACAGAAGUAGAGGAGACAAGACAGAGAAUAAGCUAACCCUGCAGGAAUGGCACUUCGGCAGUGGAUGGGGAGAACUAGGGGGACCCCAAGAAGCUGGGAAACCAUCUGUUUGGUGAUUUCACUCCUCUUGCAACUGCAAGGAGCUCACAGCAAAUGCUACUUUCAAGCUCAAGCUCCCUGUCACUAUGAGGGGAAAUAUUUUACCCUGGGUGAAUCCUGGCUCCGAAAUGACUGUUUCCACUGUACCUGCCUACAUCCCGUUGGUGUGGGCUGCUGUGAUACGUCCCAGCAUCCCAUCGACUUCCCAGCUGGGUGUGAGGUACGACGAGAGGAAGGGACCUGCCACAUCUCCCUGGUACAAAAAUCUGCCCCUCACCUGCCCUGCAGAGGAGGCCCCCCAGAUCCUGAAUGGGGCUCAGCCAACACCCCUGACUCUGGGGCCCCAGGACCACGUCCCAGUUAGGUUCCACUGACCAUCCACUUUGCUGCCUGCCUGCCCACUACAGCUGCUGCCACCUCCAAGGAAACCACUAGCAGCUGUGAAUUUAUUCUAAAUAAAUAAAUGGACCACCAAA